UUUGUACAAUGUUUGUAUAUAUGCCCGAGUCCAAUUCAUCUAGUGUAAAUAAAGUAGGAAAAAGUUCACCGGGAGGUUCUUAAUUGGGUCUAACCGGCCGCCACUUUCUUGUGUUUCUUCCACUCGUCCGUUGUUCCGUUCAUCAGUUUAUCGUUUUUGCCCCCAAAUUUUGCUCAGUCCUCUUCGCCGUCAGCAAGCAGCUCGAUCCAGCGAAUCCCUUUUCUUACCAGGGUUUGAUGGCGGGGAAGGCAGUAAAAUCUGUGGCGAAGGCAGUCGGCGAAUACCAAUACCCGUGGCGAGAGAAGCUGGUGAAGUACAAGGAUGAGUUGUCAAAGGGUGUUUGGGGUUAUUGGGAGCUUGGCGCUUGGAAGCCUCUUGGGAUUAGUGCCCGUCAUCGUGCUCGCCUUCGCAAAGAGGUUCUUCUUGCUGGGGGAGAUUGGAAUUAUGAUCCCGCAAGGAAGGAGAUGAGAAACGUCCGCAAAGGGCACAAAUGUGACAGAAUUUCUGCCGAAAAGCGUGCAAACACUGCUGCGUUGAUGAAGAGGAUGCCUGCCAUGUUAGCUGAUUAUCGAAAGAGAAGAUGGGAGCAGAAGAUGAAAGCCGAGGAUGAUGCUGCUAAGAAAGCAUUGCAAGAAUAGGUUUAUUAUUAUUAGUUUCUUGUUUCUUACUCACGGGACUGAUGUAUUUCCUUUUCCCAUGUAUAAUGUCUUGCAUUUGAUGCCUGCUUUUUUAAGACUUAUGUUAAAUAAAAGAUGUUUGUCACCCUUUUUCUAAUCAUUGGGAUUUCUGAUUUUGUUUUGGAAUGAUUGUGUGAACUGUGCGAUAUUUGGUUUGUUACUUAGGACCUCUGAACGUGCUUUGCUUCCACCCCUUGCAUAAUUCUCAAGACGCUUUGUUGUUUUCUUAGCUUUGAAUUUCAAGGGCACCAUCAGAAGUGUCUGGGGUUGGAAAUAUCCGCACGUCCGCAUAUUGAAGAACAGUAGUUGCAGUUCCUGUGUCUGAAUCAGCACACCUGACUACCAGAGAUAUAUUGUCAGCAAUGAUGCAUGAUUUGUUUUCAUCUUUUCAAGUGUAUACGAAGAGGUUCACUUGCAAUAACAUGAAGCUUACAAUGAUAGUUUGCAUAUAUAGCACAAGGAGCAUGUGCUUUUGGUUAAAAUUAUCUAGUCCAUUCUCUGAUGUCAGCUUGUCCAUUUUGUUCUCCUAGAAGGAUGGCAUUAGGUCCUGAUUUACAAGUUCAAACCAUUUCGUCUUUGGAAUGAUCUCUCCAACCCAAGUUGAUAUUUGACCUGAAAUGGCCGGCC